AUGGUGCCGCGAUUUGCGGUUCAUGAUGGGAGAGACCCGUACAAAGAAGGGGGGAUGAAUUUCGUUAUCCCUUCGGGAAGUUGUGUAAGAAAAAAGCCCACACUAUUUAUUUGGCUCACACUAAUCAGCAGAUACGAUACCCUUGAGAGAGAAAGAUUAAGAAGGAGAUAGGUUUCUCCUCCGCCACGGGGGGGACUUGGAUGACGCUUGGGCCUCCUUCAUCGCACUCCGUCAUUGCUGAUUGCUCCGGUGCCCACGUCCGUCCUUAUCCUCCCGGAUCUUUUUUCUACUUAUUUAGUAUACUCGUGGUUUCCUUCCACCCUUGGACCCCAUGACGUUAUGGUCCCCCUGGAAAUUCGUCUAUUCGCCCUAUGGAGGGGGGAGGGUUGGAGGAUGUUGGUGCCAAAAAAGUCUGAGAAGGACCAGGGUAUGGGCAAGGAUGUCUACCGGUUCAAAUUGUGUGUUUUUGGCAUUCAGAAGACCCCUGCCAGAGAAAUACCUCUUUAUUGGACAGACCUUGAUGGAAUUUGAAAACUUUGGGGGACAGGGGGGAGGGGGGAAACGGCAGAAAGGGGGGCUAGAAACCGGAGCGAGAAAGGGGUAAAAAAAAGCAGAGGAAAGAAACGAGAAAGACAAAAGAGAGACAGAAAGCGCACAGAAAGAAACGAGCCAAACACGCGGAGACAAAAGAGAGAGACAAAAGAGUAGAAAAAAAAACGAGAGAAAGAGAUACAACGGAGAGUGCAUAAAGAAAAGGAGAGAUAAACAAAAGGGAGGAAAAAAAGAGAGAAAAAGAGAGAAAAAGAGAACAAAAGGAGCAAGAGAAAAAAUAAUCGAAAAGAGAAAUAGCGAAAGAAAGAAAAGAGAGAAAGAAAGAAAGAGAGAUAAUGAACAUACACAAGAGCGGGGCAGGCAAGUGGUCGGCGGGGCGCCCAGAAGAGGCCGAAAGAGGAGAUGACACAGAGAAAGAACGAGAACGCAAAAAGAGAGACGAGAAAGCGACCAAAGAAGCCAAGAGCGCCACGAAAACGCGCGGAAAAACAUACAGAGCGAAAAAAGAGCAUAGAAGCGAGCAAAAAAAGAGAGCAAAAAGAGAGGAGAAACAAAGAGCGAGAAACAACAGAGCGCAAAACAACGAGGACAUAAAAAGAGAGCACAAAAAGAGCGCCAGAGAGACAGAAACCACGAAGAAACCCGCGAGAAAAAAGCGAGAACAACCCCUCUCUCACCUCUUCCCCCCCUCUCUCCAUCCCUCUCCCUCCACCCUCUCUCUCCAUCCCUCUCUCUCCAUCCCUCUCUCUCCAUCCCCUCUCUCUCAGUUGGUGUCCAUUAUAACAGAUGAGACUCCUAUAGAACAGAUGAGGAACAGACUGAUGAAGGACAGAACAUGGACCACCGGCAGCACCGCUCAGCCUCCGACACACAGCACACACACGCGCAAGCCCAAACUAGCCCUGCUCAGAGAGGUCUUCGGGAGAGGUGUGUGUGUGUUGUUCAACUGUCUGUCUGUGGCUCUGCUUAGUCCGUCUUAAAGAGCUCAUAGUAACAUAUUUAGAACAUAACUCUCUCUCCCCCCUCCCUCCUCUCUCAGGGUCGGUGUUCUGUUGGCUGUUCCCUCUACAUUCCAGUCCCCCAACCGUCGGUGGAAUCAGCUACUCUGCUGUUCCGGAUUACGAUGUCUAA